CCAAACCAAACCAAACCAAACCAAACCACACCACACCAAACCACACCAUGGCAAACCGCACGGUGAAGGAGGCGCACAGCAUCCACGGCACCAACCCGCAGUACCUGGUGGAGAAGAUCAUCCGCACGCGCAUCUACGAGUCCAAGUACUGGAAGGAGGAGUGCUUCGGCCUCACGGCCGAGCUGGUGGUGGACAAGGCCAUGGAGCUGAGAUAUGUAGGGGGAGUCUACGGAGGGAACAUUAAACCCGCGCCCUUCUUGUGCCUGACGCUGAAGAUGCUGCAGAUCCAGCCCGAGAAGGACAUCAUCGUGGAGUUCAUAAAAAACGAAGACUUCAAGUACGUCCGAAUGCUUGGAGCGCUGUACAUGAGACUGACGGGCACUGCCAUCGACUGCUACAAGUACCUGGAACCGCUGUACAACGACUAUCGCAAAAUUAAAAGUCAGAACAGGAACGGGGAAUUUGAGCUGAUGCACGUGGAUGAAUUUAUUGAUGAGCUGCUCCACGAGGAGCGCGUUUGUGACAUCAUCCUGCCUCGACUGCAGAAACGGGAUGUUCUGGAAGAAGCUGAGCAACUUGAGCCUCGUGUCAGUGCUCUGGAGGAAGACAUGGGUGAUGUGGAAUCUAGCGAGGAGGAGGAAGAAGAAGACGAGAAGCGGGAACGGAUCCCGUCUGCUGAGCGCCGCGGAAGGGGCUGCAGGGCCCCGGGGAAGCCGCGCCGCUCCCCGGCCGUGCGCUCCCCGCGGAGCAGAAGCGCCUCUCGCAGCCAGAGCCCCGGCCGGCACCGCGGCCGCUCCCGGGACCGGCGCCGCCGAUCGCGGUCCAAAUCUGCAGGGCAUCACCGCAGCCACAGGCACAGAAGGCAUUCCAAAUCUCCUGAAAGAUCUAAGAAAAGUCACAAAAAGAGUCGGCGAGGAAAUGAAUAAGAAACGAAACCCAGCCCGCUGUUCAAGGACCUUGAGCUGCAGUCUGAUGCUGUCCAGUGUGCUCCGCAGGACAGCUGACUCUCUACUGGCUGCUUUAGCAGUCCCUUUCUUUUACCAUCUUUCUCAUUUUGUUGUCUUGAAUUUUUUUAUUAACAGUAAGCUAAGGAUACUUUUUAUGUAGUUAGUUACUUAUCCUUGUGAUACAAUUUGAAAGUUGUUUUUUCAAUUGUUUUUCUUGAAGCCUGUAAAAACUUCAAGAGCAAUAAAAAAAGAAAGGUUUGCCUUUCAAAAAAAAAAAAAAUUGAAAAUAGCGGGCAGCAGCUCCCUGUGGAAAAGGCUGCUGCCCUUGUGCAGCUGCAGCAGGAGGGGGCAGAUAGGGGACAGUGGCCCUGGGAACACACCCUGCUGGGGCACACAGGGACAGCAGCACCGGCUCUCUUGGGGUUUCUGGC